CUCAGAGCAUCACACAAAAGUCCGCCACAGCGUCCCAAUAUCCAGCCGCACAUUGAAAAGCGUGUGUCAACGGCAAGUUCGCAGUCUUCCCGCUCCCUCCAGCGCUUGUCCGCUCUCGAAACGCCUGCGUGGAGCGCGCACAAGCCCAAUCUCGCAAAAUCGGCCUUCUCCCAAUGUUUCCGCGUCCCCCCGCCACCGCGCGGGCCUGCCCGGCUCGCAGCAGGGCUGAUCGGUCUCGAACCCCGGUUUGACCGCUACGCGGCGCCCCUCGACGUCGUUCACACAUUUAUUUGGCCGGCUUUGUGCGUCGGAAAAAAACACCGGCCUCUCACGCGGUACCGAGGGCAGACCGCGCGACCGCCGUCAAUUGAGAGACAGCCCUUGUUCACACAAACACGCCUGUAGACGCUGCGCGCGCACGGACGAGUUAUUAACCCGUACGCCCUUCGCAGAUAAUCACGCGGACGAGCACUUCGUCCGCUUCCACAAAACGCACAAAAACUCACCUCAACUAGAUCAUGGCGAAGAAAG